GGGCCUGGGGUGGGGGCGGGGCCUGAGCGCCCGAGGGGCGGGGCCAGCGCGGGCCAUGGCGGCCGAGGCGGCGGAGCGGCAGCUGGAGCUGCUGAGGGACGAGCGGGAGGCCGAGGUGGCACAGAGCAGGGCAUGGCAGGAGAGCGUCUCCCUGAAGGAAUUGCAGCGGAGAGGCGUCUGCUUGCUCAAGCUCCAGGUCACCAGCCAGAGAACCGGCCUCUACGGGCGUCUCCUCGUGACAUUCCAGCCCAGGAAGUGGGAUUCGGACACCGAGCUGCCCUCCAACAGCUUUGGGCCUGGGGACAUCGUGGGGCUCUACGAGACAGCUGGGCAGGGGGACCCGCUGUGCACGGGCGUGGUGACACGUGUCACCCCCAAGGCAGUGACGGUGGCCCUGGAGGAGCCCCGGGAUGGGGAGCUGGCCCUGGACCACGAGCGCUCCUUCCGCCUGCUCAAGCUGGCCAACGACGUCACCUACAACAGGCUCAAAAGAGCUUUAACUGCACUCAAGCAGUACCGUGGUGGCCCAGCCUCCGACCUGAUCGACGUCCUCUUCUUUGCCUCUGCUCCCAGGGCGUUCCCUGAAACAAAGCCUCUGGAGUUCUUCAAUGCCUCUCUGGACGAGUCUCAGAGGGAAGCUGUGUCCUUCUCCCUGGCUCAGAGGGAGCUGGCCAUCAUCCACGGGCCUCCCGGCACAGGGAAAACCACGACCCUGGUGGAGAUCAUCCUGCAGGCCGUGCAGCAGGGCCUGAAGGUGCUGUGCUGCGCCCCGUCCAACGUGGCUGUGGAUAACCUGGUGGAGCGGCUGGCGGGCGGGCGGGCGCGGCUGCUGCGCCUGGGACACCCGGCGCGCCUGCUGCAGCCCAUCCAGCAGCACUGCCUGGACGCCGUGCUGGCCCGCGGGGACGGCGCCCGCCUCGUGGCCGACAUCCGCAGGGACAUGGACCAGGCCUGGGCAAAAACCAAAAAGGCCCAAGACAAGGGAGAGCGAAGCCAUUUUCUGGGCGAGAUUAAGACUCUGAGGAAGGAGCUGAAGGAGCGAGAAGAAGCUGCCAUGGCUGCAGCCCUCAGCCAGGCCAGCGUUGUCCUUGCCACCAACACAGGUGCUUCGUGGGACGGCCCCCUGAAGCUGCUGCCUGAAAGCCACUUUGACCUGGUGGUGAUUGAUGAGUGUGCCCAGGCUCUGGAAGCCAGCUGCUGGAUCCCUCUGCUGAGGGCUCCCAAAUGCAUCCUGGCUGGGGAUCACAAGCAGCUGCCCCCCACCAUCAUCUCCCAGAGGGCAGCGGCCGAGGGGCUGUCCCUGAGCCUGAUGGAGCGGCUGGCGGGGCACUACGGGGAGCGGGCGGUGCGGAUGCUGACGGUGCAGUACCGCAUGCACCGGGACAUCAUGGAGUGGGCGUCCUCGGAGCUCUACGGCGGCCGGCUCAGUGCACACCCCUCCGUGGCACAGCACCUGCUCAGGGACCUGCCAGGCGUCUCCUCCACGGAAGAGACCAGCAUUCCCCUGUUGCUCAUAGACACCGCUGGCUGUGGCCUGUUUGAGCUGGAAGUGGAGGAUGAACAGUCCAAGGGGAAUCCAGGGGAGGUCCAGCUAGUGGGGAUGCACGUCCAGGCCUUGGUGGAUGCUGGUGUGAAGGCCAAGGACAUCGCUGUGGUGGCCCCCUACAACCUCCAGGUGGACAUGCUCCGACAGCACCUUGGCCACAGCCACCCCGAGCUAGAAAUUAAAUCAGUGGAUGGUUUCCAGGGAAGGGAGAAGGAGGCAGUGAUCCUGUCCUUUGUCAGAUCCAACAGGAAAGGUGAGGUGGGCUUCCUGGCCGAGGAGCGGCGGAUCAACGUGGCGGUGACGCGGGCGCGGCGCCAGGUGGCCGUGGUGUGCGACAGCCACACCGUGGGCAGCCGCCCCUUCCUGCGCCGCCUCCUGGACCACCUGUCCCAGCACGGCCUUGUGCGCUCCGCCUUCGAGUACCUGGACGACCUCGUGCCCCAAAACUACCCCGGGGAAGGGGGGACCCAGCGUCAGCAGGGCCCCAAACCGCCGGGCCCCAAAGCGCGGCUGGCCCCGGCGGGGAAGCUCAAGGCGGCGGCGGCGGCCGGAGCAGGGAGCCAGAAACCGGGAGCACGGAGCUCCCCGGGCGCUGCCGGAGCUGGGAGAGACGGCUCAGGGUGCAAGGAGGGUGGGGACAGGUUCAGGGCCAUGCUGGUGGCCUUCCUGGGCAGCAGCGAGGCGCAGCUGGAUUUCCCGGCGUCCCUGAAUUCCCACGAGCGGAUGCUGGUUCACGUGCUGGCAGAGGAGUUUGGGCUGCAGCACCUGAGCUCCGGGGAGGGCCGGGACAGGUACAUCAGUGUCCGCAAGAGACUGCCCAGGCAGCCCCCACGGCCCUCCGAGCCCCUUCCCCAGCCCCUUCCCGAGCCCCUUCCCGAGCCCCAGCAUCCCAGCAGGAGCACCCCUGACGCUGCAGAGCUGGGGGAAAGCAGCGAGGGCUCAGGGACGGUGGACCUGAAAUCCCUGCACCUGGAGAGAGUCCAGAGAGAGAAAGCCAGGCAGGAGGAGGCGGCGAGGAAGGUUCAGGAGCCCAGCCAUGGCAGCAGGAAAAAGGACAAGAGCAAAGCCAAAGGAAAACCAGCGAUCGGGAGUGUGGCUGGAGAGGAUUUCGAUGCUCUGAUCUCUGCUGCCAUUGAAGCUGACAGGACCUGUGGCUUCCCCCGCUGCAAGGCCUCUGUCACCACCCUGGGCCAGCUCUGCCACCACUGCCGGCAGCUCUUCUGCCUCAGCCACCACAUCCCUGAGGCCCACGGCUGUGGGGAGAAGGCCAAGGCGCAGGCACGGCAGCGCAUCAGCCGGGAAGGGCUCCUGUAUCCUGGGAGCGGCUCCAAGGACAAAGCCCUGGAUCCCGCCAAGCGAGCCCACCUCCAGCGGCGCCUGGACAAGAAGCUCAGUGAGCUGACGAGCCAGAGGAAGGGCAAAAAGAAAGACAAGGAGAAAUGAGGGACCCAAAUCCUGCUUUUUUAACCUCAAAGCUGCAGCUCGUCCCUGCCCCCCAGGGCAAAGCUGCUGUGCUGGGCCUGGGUGGAAUAUGGGGCUCCAUUGUGGGGGAAAACCUGGAGCUGGGAGCCUGCAGGGCGGAGGCAGGGGAGGGAGAGCUACUGUAUUGUCCUGGUUGUCCGUAUGGACACGGUGAUGGAUGCACUCGGGGGCCAGAGCACGCUGGCAAAGUGGGCAUUAAACACCCAAAGCUGUCA